AGAACUUUGAAGCAACGGCUGUUUCUGAUCGUCACCAGAAGUAUCUAUUAAAACGACGACGGUGUUAUCGAAACAUCGGUGCAGUGUUCUGUUCUGUUCGUGCCUAAUCCAAACUCUGCGUAAAACCCUCCCUCUGCGUUUGACCAUUCCGUUUUAAAGACCUAAAACCAGAGUUUUUCAACUUUUUCCCCUUAUCUCAUUCAACCUUCAUAUGGAUUUCUCUUCUGUGACUCUCCAGUCCUCUAGCUCUUUCACGGUAAGAGCCCCUACUCUUGCUGCUAGAGCCCCUUCUCUCUCUUUCACCAGAAACUCAGCUCGAAUUCCCUUUUGUUCCUCUUCUCGACUUGAAGGUGGCCGUUUGGUGAUUAAUCCGCAAAGGUUUCAGUUGUCUACUGCUAUUGCUGCUGUUGUUGGUGAUAAAACUACAGCACCAAGUGAUUGUAGUGGAGAGGAGUCAUCGGUUUCCAAUGAGCUUGAGAGAUUUGAUGAAAAGAGGGAUGAGGAGGAUGGUAUUGAGGGCUUGGAUGACCAUAAAAUGACCCGAGUGUGUGACAAAUUAAUUGAGGUUUUCAUGGUUGAUAAGCCUGCUCCGACUGACUGGAGACGGUUGCUAGCUUUCAGCAAGGAGUGGGACAAUAUAAGGCCUCAUUUCUAUAAGCGGUGUCAGGAGCGAGCAGAUAGUGAGGAUGAUCCUGGAAUGAAGCACAAGCUACUUCGGCUUGCAAGGAAGCUGAAAGAGGUUGAUGAAGAUGUUCAAAGACACAAUGAACUUCUUCAAGUGAUCAGACAAUCAUCAUCCAAGAUUAGUGAGGUUGUUGCCAGGCGUCGUAAAGAUUUCACAAAAGAAUUUUUUGUGCAUCUUCACACGGUAGCUGAAUCCUAUCAUAACAAUCCAACGGAGCAAGAUGCUUUGGCAAAGCUUGGGAACACAUGUUUGGCUGCCGUACAAGCCUAUGACACUGCAACUGAAAGCAUUGAAGCGCUAAAUGCUGCAGAGUUGAAAUUCAAAGACAUUAUCAACUCUCCUUCUCUAGAUGCUGCUUGCAGGAAGAUAGACAAUUUGGCUGAGAAAAAUCAGCUUGAUUCAGCAUUGGUGUUGAUGAUCACAAAAGCUUGGUCUUCCGCCAAGGAGUCAAACAUGACAAAAGAUGAGGUAAAAGACGUACUGUAUCAUUUGUACAUGACCGCCAGAGGUAAUCUUCAGAGGCUAAUGCCAAAAGAGAUUCGGAUAGUUAAGUAUCUUCUUACUAUUAAGGAUCCGGAGGAGCAGCUAUGUGCCCUAAGAGAUGCAUUUACCCCAGGCGAAGAACUUGAAGGAAAAGAUGUAGACAGCCUGUACACGACGCCAGAGCAGCUGCAUGGCUGGAUAAAGGCUGUGGUGGAUGCUUAUCAUUUCAGCAGGGAAGGCAGUCUCAUAAGAGAAGCUAGGGACCUGAUGAAUCCGAAGAUAAUUGAAAAAUUGGAGGGAAUUAAGAAGAUAGUUGAAGAUAAAUUCAUGUGACCAAGAGCUCAAAUUAUAUUUCUCAAAAGGUUUUUCCUAUGGCCCUUGGUCUGGAUAAUUUCAAGCAUUUGGAGCGCAACUUUGGGGGGGCUUAGCUUCGCUAACAUGUGUAAGACAUUAUGCGUUUGGGCUUAGAGAUGAAUAGGAUAUAAACCAUAAGUGUUUCGCAUCUGCUUAUCUGCAUAGAAAAUGGAGGAAAACUGGCAGGAUGAUCUCUACCAUGAAGUUUCAGAUAUUGGAUAGAUAUUCAUGAUCAUUCAUCA